AUGUAUUAUGUAUCAUUUAAACCUCAGGAUGGAUGUUUUGUUCCUUUAAUGGCCAAUCAUGCUGUCCUAUCACUGCGUCAUCAAAAACAAUGUCCAUAUGCCCAGCCGAGAACAAUAAUUUGUGUUGAUCCAAAUGGUAAUAUAUAUGGGUUUUUUUUUUGCUUCAAAUGGUGUAUAAAAUAGGCUGAGGUUGUAUUAUUAUUAUAGUUACAAUGUCAGGUGAAAUGUUACGUUAAACCUUCCUCAGAUUUUUAAGCGGAUAUAUAUUAAGUGAAAUGGUUGAUUAGUUGUAUGACAUGUUGUGUAUACUGUAGAUGGCUUGUAAGCAGAGUCUGAAAUUUGCAGUAUCCUGAUAUCCACGGGAUGCUAAAAUUUGGUUUUGGAUACUAAACUGUGAAUGACUUAUAUCCCAACUGGACACAAAGAAAAUUUCAAAUUAAGCACCUCUGACAGUCUCCUGAUAGCUUUUGAAUACGGUACUAUGAGUUUGCCACCCAAGCCUUUCCUCAUGUAAUGCGCAUUUUGUGUAUUAAUGAAUUGCAUAGUUGUUGACAAAUUGACAGUUUUGACUGUUGAAUCUCAUGUUGUCAUUGUAAUUUGUAACAGUGAGAGUUAUUGGAUGGGACAGGGUAUAAUACUUAUGGUAACCAGUAUCCAGAAGUGGGAUGCUGCAUUCUCAGGGGGAUACUAAACUUUGAAUCCUGGUAUCCCAGUUGGAUACUGAAAAGAUAUUUAAAUUUCAGACCCUGUGUAAGGAUGUGAUAUUUUGCACAGUGUUGACAAAAUAUUCUAUAUGUAUUCAUUUGUUCAGAAUUUCAUUCAUAUUUUGAGGAAUGCUGUAGUUCAUUAUUUUGUCAUUUAUAACAGUAAUAUUCAUGACAUUCACUUUCUACAUAUAGGACACCAACAUAACAAGGCAAUACUUUUCUGCUGCUGUGAAGAUGAUGCAGUUACUCUGUUAAAACUACAACUAUGGCCUGGGUCAAUAACCAGACCAUUAGUUGCAUUUCAUUUCAAGUUGGUAAUGCUUGCUGAAUCUCUUCUACUUGAAUGUCAUGUAUCUUUGAAGAAGUUCUGUGAUAUGCUGGGCCUAAACAAAUCCACAAUGCUGCCAAAAUGGGUAUGUUGAAACAACUUCCUGUUUUUCUCAAUGUGACCUUGCUUCACCGAGGUAUCCUCACUCUACCUUUCAACAGAAAACUUUCAACAUCUAGUUCACCUUUCUACUAUUUUAUGAUUUUGUUCCCAUGAUCUACAGUGUCACAAUAUUGCACGGCAUACAGGAAGCAUACUUGCAGACAUACUGCACAUGAUCAAUAAUGUAUUUGUGUCUAGUAGGUUAAGCACUUCAUCUUGGAUUACAAAAAGUAGUAUUUUAUAAUACAAACAGCAUGUGAAUACCUUUGACUACAUGUAUCUAUAUUUAUUGUUAAAUGAGCACUUCAUUAUUCUUUUGCAGGUACAGAAUCUGUACAAAAUACUCAAUGAUGAUUCAUUUGAUGAAUUUCGGUAAUGUUUAAAAUUAAACAGUGUUUGUUUUCCUGUACUCAUGGAAUCAUUGUGCAUAAAUUACUGUACAAGCUCUCACUACACUGCAGCCUACAGUUGUGGAAAAAAAUGUUUUUAUAGAACAUGUUGUUUUGAAUAGAAAGUUAGCAACUUGCGAUUGAAAUGAUGUCAAUGACAAUAACUUUCAUCAAUUUCUCUCUCAAAUAUUAAUUAUAUUAUAAUAAAAUUGUUCAUCACUGUGAGAAAAAUCCAAUUGGACAUCCCUCUAAAACGUUAAUUCUGCCUGCAAGAAUGCUUGCAGACCCUAGAAAUUCUUUAAAUUUGUUAUCUAAUAGUAUUUUUUUCAGGUACAAUCAGCAUUUGUUUAAGACUAUGAAACCAUUUUUUGGUGAACAUUCUCUAAGCAAUGAAUGUCCUCUUUGCCCCCAGGUUAGUACCAUACAAUUAGAUACAUAUUAUUUUGUCUGUUUGUCCUUUUUCCCCCAGGGACUUUGUUUCUCUUUCCAUUUGACAAAUCGAAAUGAUAUUAAAUACACUCUUGAGAAUAUGCCAAUAGAUAUAUAUAUAGGUCUUAGCUAGGAACUGACACUUGAGCUGUGUCCAAAUUGACUCUCCCAGACAUUUUUGAGUUUAUAUUGGCCCAUAAAACCAGGGGUAGAUUUAUAGGGGGUGCACAGGGGUGUACACCCCUGUUGGCCCUGGUCAACAGGGGUGCAAGGGGGGUGAAAAAAAUCAAAUUCAGAAAUAUGGCAUAAUUUCCAAGGUUUUUCCUUUUUUGAAGUCAAACUGAAGCUCAUAAUGCAAUGCCCAUAUCGCAGGAAAUGGCAUUUCUAGGAUUCUAGUUUUCAAAAUGUUCCAGGAGCAUAUGUACCCCUGGAUCUCCUAGGGAGCUUGCAUUUUCGGCGCUCGAGUUGUUUGGAAGCCAAUUCAUUUGAAUGCUCUCCCACCACUCCUUAAAGAAUUGUAAAGAAACACUCGGCUGCUCACCCAGCACCCCCCUAGAAAAACCUUGCUGGAUCCACCCCUGCAUAAAACACUUGAUGGGGGAUAUGUUCACCCUAAAUCCUACAGUGAAUAGGUAUUUGAGCAGUGAAGUGUUUGCAUGAAUACAUAACAAAUGAUCACUAAAUUAUAAUUAAGGACUUAAUUAUCUUGUGCAUUACAAAUGUUUAAUUGAUGGCCGAUUUAACUUAAUUAAUAAACCUGGCUAUCCAAAUGCCAGCUGAAUGGCUAAUUCCCUGCUUGGGGGAGGCUUGUUUCACCACUGGGGAGGGUGUGUUAACAUUUAAUCAUGCAUUGUACUAUCUGUUUGCACACUGCCCCACAACCAAAUUAGUAGAUUUUUACCCAAGUUCAAGUUGUAAUAGGUUACUGUUUAACCCAAUGUCCAUGUAUUCCAUUGUUUAGAGUGGAACAAAUGAUGUCAUCAUUGAAUCCAUGGAUGCCUGCUUUGGGCUUGUAAGAAAAAAAUCAGCUGGUGCAAACCUUUUCCCCCCAAGGCAUGGUGACACAUUCUUUGCAGAUCAAGAUGAUGUUGAUAAUUUUGUUGAACAAUAUAGCAAGACUGCAAAAGAGGCACCUACUGUGAGUGUAAACUACCCUACAGAAAUAUAAAAUAAUUUUUAAAUAGUUUGUAAAAUGUGAUUACCACAUUUGUGCAAUGUAAUACUGUUAACUAUACAUUUUUGGGUAAGCCUAAAUUGUGGGAGAAAAGUUUGCCUUAACUUCUAAUGUAACUUGUUAUUGAGUUUGUCAAGUGAACACAUCCUGGCCUUAAGUGAAAAUUUCUGUCCUAAGUAUUUGUGUUGUCAUACAGGUACAUGUACUGUAUACAGUACUGCUACAUUUUCCUUUAGCAAUAAUAUGUGUAGUGAAAACCCCGUUGCUGUUAUCAGAAACUGCAUUUUUAAUUAGUUGUUUCCUUAUUGUUUGUCAUACUCAUAUAGUUAUCUGGAUGAGGAACAUAGUCGUACCAGUGGCAAAGCCAGCCAUGUCAACUGGUCAUGUUAUGCAAAUUUUAAAUGAUUUGCAUUAUUCAAACCUUGAGAAAUAUAUUGUCUUAAAACUAUUUAGAGGAAAAUGUAUUAAUUAGCAUUGCAUGAUUAUUUGCUAUGGCUGACUUACAUAUGAGUCGAUAAUAUUUUAUAAUUAUAUGCCAUGUGAUUUUGCUUGUGUUUUAUCCAGGAUUGUAGUGAGUUUAAAUCUGGUGAGGUAAAUAAUAUGUUGAGGUCAAAGGGAAGAAAUAAUCUUUUUGAUGAAAAAGGAGUGUUUGGCAGAGUAUGCAGACAUGAAUAUCCCAAAGGAUUCAUCAGCAUUAAACAUGGAGAAAGGUUAGAUGUUAUUAAUGUGUAGUGUAUAUUUAUAUUUAUGUAUGGUAAUAUUCCGCCAAUUACAUUUGUGCAUGUAUGUUCAUGUUACAAUGAUUAUUUUACACUAAUUUCACUUUUUCUAUUUCAUAGGAUUGCAUAUUCUGUAUAUGAGAUUGAACGUCUUUUGACUCAUUGUGAUGAGAGUGCUGAUGUCAAAGUUACAUAUGACAUAGGUUGUAUAUUGUCAGCUCACUUGAAGGUAGGAAAAAAAUGUCCAGUGUAUGUUAUUGUUUACUUUAGAGUUGAAAAAGCGAGCUACACAAAGCAAUUACUGUAAUAUGUUUUUCAGAAAAAUGACAGACAAGAUAUGCUUGCCAGGAUUGAUUUGGCUAUCCCUGUGUUCCACUGUUAUGGCCAUAAAUCGUCUUGCCAGGUUUGUACAGUAGACCCUGUGCACAGACUGUGAUUAUGCUAAUUAUCAUAGUCUGUGAAAAUUCGUGGCAUUUCUUGUCGACUUCCAGCUGCGCUACCCAGAUCUGGGUAGUUGAUUCUGAUUGGUCAUACUGUAGUUAAACUCACUAGAUUCUGAUUGGCUGAGUUCAAAGGUCAACAAAGUUUUGACUUUUAAUGUAGCGUAAACAAAUCGUAUCAGGCUAAAUAAUUGCCGUAAUUUUCAUCUCAUUGAUUGCAUUUUAUUUGUUCAAUUGGAUACCAUAAGUAAAAUUUACAAUGAACAUGAAGUGCCAACAAAAUAUUAUUUCGAUUUUGAAAGUCAAAGUCAAACGGUCGUUAAUAUUUAAGUCCAGGCAAUCAGAAUCAUUAAUUAAGUUUAGUCUUGAGUCUUGACCAAUCAGAAUCAACUACCCAGAUCUGGGUAGCGCAGCUGGAGGUCGACAACAAAUGCCACGAAUUUUGAGUCAAUUUUCACAAACUGUGAUAUAGCAUAAUCACAGUGUGUGCACAGGCUAGGUUUGUAGCAGAGUUUAAUUUUUUAUAUUUCUGCACUUUGGCAAAACCCCUGCAACAACUGAAUAUAUCCAAGUUAUAUCGUUUCCGUUACUGCCUGCCAAAGUCGGAGAAGAGGUUGAUAUACCUAUUUAUUUCAUUGAAGAUUGUAUUUAUAUAUGUUAUACAGUACAUGUACAACAUAUAUAAUGUAGCUACCUCAAAUGCUCACUAUUUACCUGUACGUAUAUACAGCUAUUUCAAUUAAGGUUGUUCACGAGCAAAGCGGAAAAGUCGAAUACGAGCGCGAAAGGCUGCUGGGAAUCACUAUGAAAAUUCAUUAAUUUUUUAGCGAUUCCCAGCAGCCUUUUCGCGAUCGUAUUCGACUUUUCUGCUUUGCUCGUGGACAACCUUAAUUGAAAUAGCUGUAUACGAUGUUGAUCAUUCUCUAUACGAUAUUGAGCACUCUCUGACAUUUGGCUGUUAAUGUAAUAGUAAUUUUACACGCUCAUGCUUCUUCUCUCCUAAAAAUGCACUUUAGUUACUGUACAGUUGCACUUUAGUUACUGUAUGUGUCUGUAAAGCUACUGCAUGCAGAUUUAUUUGCGUAGCAUAUCUAUAGUCGCUAUGACUAGCUUCACCACUGUAACAGUCUACACGUAUACUAUAGAUUAUGCUAACAGGCAGUAUUUUUAUCUCUUAUAGAUAGCCUUUGGCCCCAGAAGGAAGAAAGGGUAUGGUCUCACCGAUGGCGAAGGAAUAGAAAGGUUAUGGUCCUUUUUAAGAUGUUUUUCUGCCAUGACAAAAGAAAUGACUGCUGGUCGGCGAAUCGACAUUCUGACGGACGCUCUACUGCAUUACGCCCAACGUCGUGUGCAACAAUUUGGUUAGCAAAUAUUAUAUUUUCUAUAUAUUUCUAUCGUGAAUCUCCACUCAUAGUAAUAUUUCAAUGUUUACUUUCUCGUCGCAGGACCAUCGUUGGUUUCAAAAAUGAAAAAAACUCGCAAACUUUUGGACAAUGCAAUGAUACAAAUGCAAGAGAUAUUUUCCAAUUUAACAGGUGUGUUGUAGCGGUAACGAUUAUUUAGUGUCUUCUUAAAACCUUUGAAAAGUUUCCCCUUCAUGUUUUUAAACAUGCGAAAUACAGUAUGUAUGUAAGCGAUGAUUGCAUAGAGAUUAAAUUAACUGGCGAUAACAUUUAUGCUGCGGUAGACGUAUUAAGAAUUGGAUCAAGAUGAGUAGAAAACUAAGAAGAAAACAUUCUCCUGUUGGUCUCUCAAGCUUUUGAUUUUUCAUCUGGUUGUUGCUCCGUGCUAAAAUAUAUACUUCAAGAACAAUAAAGUAAUAAACUUUUUUCUGUAAUAAUUUCAAUGGUAAACUUUUUUUCAUUUUCAAAUAGUUUCCUAUGAUUCUGAUUUGGUAGAAACUUGGAUUGAGGAAGAACGAACUUUGUUGGUUACACGAGAAAGUAAGCUAACAAAUGGUUCAGACCUAACGUAACCUAUAACAUAGUCGCUUCGAUAUUUUUUAUCUUUGCAAUUAAUUGUACAUUUUUAAAGUAAUAUUUAAUAUACUUUAUAAAGUAUAAAAACAUUUAAAAAAUACUUUAAAAUUUUUUUUUUAAAAAUUCAGAUACAUGUACUGUAUUAUCACCAAACAUCCCACUGUGGUUAAUUUGUAAAUAAUACUGCGUAUAAUGUGUUAUGUUGCAGGUAAGAAAGGCUUACCGUUAUCGUGGGAAGCAAAAUAUGUGCAGAAUUUGUUUCAUUUGCAAGAGCUAAGGUAUUAAAGCAAUGUGGUUGUAAAAUUAAAAACCAGUGUAAGCAUAAGGUAGCUCUUAUACCGUCGAUUGCAACUAAGCGGAAACACGUCAUGAGAAAACGCGAUCUAAUUGGACAUGAAACAUAACAUGUUUGGACUUCAAACUUUACAUGAUUUGCUUGAAACAUUUGACGUUUUACAAUUAUUUUUCCCGCGAAAACGUAACAAAAGUCAAAACAAAUCAUGUUUGACAGCCAAUUGGAUCGCGUUUUCUGAUGACAUGUUUCUGCCUACUGCUUAGUUGCAAUCGACAGUAUUCAUACAAUCAUCAGUGAUUAUUUAAUUUUAUAUAGGCUUAAUAUUGCUGCUAUAGAGCCCAAUAACCACGAUGGUUUAAAUGAACUUGUUCGAAAAAGAAGAGCGUAAGUUAUUAAAUUGCAAGUCAGCAAGUGAUAAAUUUACUAGGCUGUGCACAGACUGUGAUAUACAGCAUAAUCACAGUCUGUGCACAGGCUAUAAAUUUACAUGCACUAUCAUUUAAUUUCCUAACAAAUGUAAUCUUUAGUGUUUUAAAGAUUAUUGCGUCAACUGAAAGAGUCCACAAGGUACAAGAAAGAUGGAAAGUAGGAGAAGAGAAUUUUAAUUCAGCCGCUCUUUGUGUUGAGCAAGGGAGAAGAAACCGCGUAAUGGAACGAAUUCAUGCCAUGGCCGUCGAACGAAUGUUCCUGAUAUCACUGAAGCGAAAAUAUGCAGGCAUGUGACUUUAAAUAUGUUUAGGUUUUCAUACGUAAAUGUGUAAUGUAUAUUUAUACCAACAGAAAAAAUGCUUACGUUUCAUGCAUUUCAGAUGUCUCUAUGUUGUCUUUAAUCAUGUGCGGCAUUGUGUGUAAUCGUAAUGUAAUGUAAAUUUUAAUUUCCUUUUCGCAUAGAUGGUCAAGCAAUAGCAGGGAAACUAUCCAAACAAAUCACACAAAGGACCAAUGGAAUACGAGUCACUGUCGAGAAAUAUAACGCUGCGCUCGCAUCAUGGAAAGAUCGAGUUGAAGGACUACCGGAAGAGAUCGACUUUGACAACGUGAAAGAUCCCGAGUCAAGCAUUUUCCAUCAAUUUCGAAUAAAUGUGCCUGACCAAGAACAGUUGCCAUUCUCUGUAAAAAGAACCAUCAUUGACUUGCACCACUUCAUCGAAAGAUGUAAAGAAGAGAUGACAUACUUGAAUUCUGAAAUGCUGCGGCUGAUACAACAUCACGAAAACCAGAAAGCGAAGUAUCAAGAAUUUCUUGAUGGACAUGCAGACGACACGGCGGUUUAUGUGAGAGGACUUAAGUGUAUCCUGCGAAACAGAGUUUGUGAAGAGCAAAACAAACUGUUUGUAUUGGGAUCCUUGUUUGGAAAUGAACUUCCCGUUGAAGUUCGAUCGUCACUUCCACAAGCCCAAUGUACUUUUGAGAACAUGAUAACUGUGAAUACAGAAAUUUUUGAAGGAUCCGAAGAGCAGGAAGUGAUCUCAAGUGACGAUGAUUGGGAGCUGGAGGAGGAGGAGGACGAGGUGUGUCCCAUCCUGGAUAUUUCAGAUGAUGAAGAUUAA